AUGCCUGCGCUCUUCUACUUCCUCUGUAUGUCCUUUUUUCCUCUACCUCCUCAGGACAUCCGCACAAUGGAACACAUUGAUCAGAUGGACUCCUUUGUGCUGGCUGAAACUUUCAAGUAUCUCUACCUCCUAUUCACCGAGCCCUCUGAGUUGCCCCUUGACAUGGAAAAGUACAUUCUGAGCACAGAG